AUGUAUGCCAUCAUAGAACUCCUCCGCGCCAGAGCUCUCGCAGAUCACAAAACGCGUAUUCCCAUCGACAGGCUAGAUGCCGAACACCGCAGGCACUUGGUGCGCGCCAUCAACAAUGUGCUGUCUAUCGAGCUCGCUCUGUUCACAUACGCUCAGAUCAUCGACAGCCUUCCCACCGGAGAUGUCGCAUGGGAAGUGAGAAGCCCUCUCCUACAAGGGGAGCACCCGCUGGCAACUGAGCACGAAGAACUCUGCCCCGGCGCAAUGGAAAAAGCACGCGAGGUCUGCCCGAAGUGGGAUACGGAAAUGCUUAGGUUCAGCCCCCAGGUGCUCAAUGCAUAUCGAGAAGCGGCUCCCGGCAGCAAGCUGUUCGCAAACCGUCUCAUUGAGAUGGUAGCCGUUGCAAUCCACGAGUUCGUUGUGCUUCUCUACCAGCUUAACUUUUGUGUGCACAAGGGAGGACGAGAAGUGGUCGAUGCCAUUGCCAAGUGGAAGGAAACCAGCAAGCCCGAAUUGUACUCAUGGAUGACAGACGAGGAAUGGUGUCCUCCGGAUCCUAUCUGCACUGUUUUCCACAGCAUACAAUACCUCGACCACGACAUCUACCCCCAAGGUGUGGCUGACGUUGUGGGCUAUUGGGCAGAGGACCGGAUUCUCGGCGGCGUCGUUGUCUUUGAGCGUCGGGCAGAGGAAUGCGACGGCCACAACUCCAAUUACAGCAACCCACACCCACCAAAUAUCUACCUCUCUCCCUCCCGAGCCAAAGUCACAAUAAGGGUUACGCAGCUCCGCAAUGAGCAGCAGCAGAAACUGGUUGACUUUUUGCUGCUCAAAGAUGCAAGCAAGGCGGCUGAAUCAAGCCCGCUGCCCAUUCUUGUGGACAAGAAGAAUCUCAAACGGUUCAAGCUGGAGUCAUCCAUCGUCAAAUAUGGGAUAUUUCGAGAUAUAUGGGAGCGAAAGCCACUGGACCGGGAGGCCCUCAGGUAUCUCAACAGGCGGCCAGGCUCCGAGCUUGACGAUCCUUGGGCCUUUGGCCUUAUGGUCAUUACCAACAUUGGCGUGAAAAGGCGCCUGGAGGAUGAAGAGCCAGGGAUCGCCGAGGCUUAUAAGAAGGUAAAGUUGGAAGUGGAGUCGAGGGAGGAUAGCGAAACACAGGAUGGAAAAGGGAAGGAAAACGACGACGCCGGGAAGGGGCUGGAUAGUAAAGAAGAGGAAGGCGGCUCACGAGACAAGGUCACUGAGGUGGUCCAAUCGGAUGAGAAGAACAAAAAGCGCAAGAUAGCAACUAAGCGCGCGAAAAAACGGAAAAGCGAAGACGGGUAG